AUGCCCAUCUCCAAUAUUACAGUCUUCAUGCCUUCUGUAUUGACACUAAUAGGAAUCCCAGGCCUAGAGUCUGUGCAGUGCUGGAUCGGGAUUCCAUUCUGUGCCAUAUAUUUCAUUGCUAUGAUUGGAAAUUCCAUGCUUCUGAUAAUCAUCAAGUCAGAACGCAGCCUCCAUGAGCCCAUGUACAUUUUCAUAGGCAUGCUAGGAGUCACAGAUAUUGCACUUGCAACCACCAUUAUGCCCAAGAUGCUUGGCAUAUUCUGGUUUCAUGUGCCAGAGAUUUAUUUUGAUUCAUGCUUGCUUCAAAUGUGGCUCAUCCACUCAUUUCAGUGCAUAGAGUCAGGCAUCCUCCUGGCCAUGGCCCUGGACCGUUAUGUGGCCAUCUGUUAUCCACUAAGACAUGGUACCAUCUUCACCCACCAGCUGAUCACCCAAAUAGGGGCUAUGGUAACACUCAGGGCUGCCAUUCUGGUAGCCCCAUGCCUAGUACUCAUAAAGUGCCGGUUUCAAUUUUACCAUACAACCAUCAUCUCCCACUCCUACUGUGAGCAUAUGGCCAUCGUGAAACUGGCUGCAGAAAAUGUGUGGGUCAACAAAAUCUAUGGUUUGUUUGUGGCACUCGCUGUUGCUGGGUUCGACCUCACCUUCAUCACUUUGUCCUAUAUACAGAUAUUUAUCACAGUUUUUCGUUUGCCCCAGAAGAAGGCUCGGUGGAAAGCAUUCAAUACCUGCAUCGCCCACAUCUGUGUCUUCCUCCAGUUCUACCUCCUCGCCUUCUUCUCCUUCUUCACACAUAGGUUUGGUGCUCAUGUUCCCCCUUAUAUCCAUAUCCUCUUUUCUAGCCUCUACUUGCUGGUCCCCCCAUUUCUCAAUCCACUUGUCUAUGGUGCCAAGACCAAGCAGAUCCACAUUCAUGUGGUAAAGAUGUUGUGUUCAUAA